AUGGGCGAACGCCAUGGUGGCAUUGAGGAGGUGGACGGGCGUGACGUGGAAGGGCAUCAGCCAAAGGAGCAGGAGCAGCAGACGGAUAAGGGUCUGCUGGAAGAGCAGCACCAGCAGGAAAUGGGAGUCCCUGUUUCCACCGACGCACACGCAGCAGAGGACAGCGUGGCAGCGCAGCACGGGUUCGCGUACAGCGUGGAGCAGCUGGUGAACCUCAGCUCCAACGCUAACCUCGACGACCUGCAGCGCAUGGGAGGGGUCAGUCUCGCGUCCCCGAAUCUCACUCCCCGUUUCCGGGUGAGGGGUCUGAGUGCGGGUCUGGCCGUGGAUCUUGAACUGGGGAUCAACGGUGACGAUGCAGAAGACCUCCAGCGCCGGGUCGAGGCGUAUGGAGCCAACACCUACCCCAAGAAGCCCCUCCCUCCCUUCUUCGUAAGUAUUCCCACUCUUCCUCCCCUCCUCUGUCCUCCCUCGCCUCCUCUCCCUUUCAUCCCCUCCUCUCCCGCUCCUUCUCUCCCUUUCCUGCUCCUCCCCUUCUCUCCCUUUCUUGCUCCUCCCCGUCUCUCCCUUUCCUGCUCCUCCCCUUCUCUCCCUUUCUUGCUCCUCCCCUUCUCUCCCUCUCCUGCUCCUCACCCCUCCUCCCCUUCUUCUCGUAGUCGCCUUGGAGCGCACGAGGGGUGGCACGAGGGCGUGGCUAUCUGCAUCGCCGUGCUCAUCGUCGUCACCGUCACUGUCGCCAUCUUCCAGCGUUGCCGUUCUUUCCUCUCACCGCUUCCGUUCCCCUCCCCCUUUCCCCCUCCACCCCCGCCCCUUCCCGUUCCUCCUCUCCCCGUGUCCGUCUCCCCUCCUCGCGUGGCAUCAGCUGUGACGGACUAUCGGCAGGCGCUGCAGUUCCAAGGGCUGGACGCAGAGAAGGAGGAUAUUCAGCUCAAGGUAAGUCGCCCGCUCUGCCCCCUCUGCCCGCCUGUUGUUCUGCUUUGGUCUUUCUCUGUGCUCCCUGCUUUGCCACUCUUCACUCUCUCACCCUUUCUCCUAACACCCUUUCUCCAACCCUCCUUACACUCCCCUCUCACCCUCGUCUUUCGAACCCCUCUCUCCCCACUGCAGGUGAUCCGGGGCGGGCGUAGCCAGGCAGCAUCGAUAUUUGACCUGGUGGUGGGGGACAUAGUGCCGCUCGCCAUAGGCGACCAGGUGCCAGGCGACGGGGUCUUCAUCUCAGGCCACUCUCUCACCAUCGACGAGUCAUACAUGACCGGCGAGAGCGACCCCAUGCACAAGGAUGCGUACCGGCCGUUCCUCAUAUCGGGAUGCAAGGUGGUGGACGGCUAUGGCACCAUGCUCGUGACAGCAGUGGGCAUCAACACGGAGUGGGGGCGCAUCAUGGCCACAGUCAACAAGGACGACGAGUCCGUCACACCACUGCAGGUCCGUUCCUGCUGCUGCCGCUGCUGCCCCUCUCCUCUAUCCACCUCAACCUCCGCUAUCCCCAUCCAUGCAGCUGUCUCGUCUCAUCCCAACCCGCACUCCGUACCUCACCCGCUCGCGCACCCUUCCCACCCCCUCCCACACGCUCACUUCUCACCUCCCCAGGCGCGCCUCUCCAGCCUGGCGAAGGCAAUCGGGAAGGUGGGGGUGACGGUGGCGGUGUGUGUGCUCAUCUUCCUGGUGGUGCGCUACUUCACGGACUACUACAGCGGGCAGAGCUUCGUGGAUGUCAUCAAGGACCUCGUGGACGAGAUCGCCAUUGCUGUCUCCAUCGUUGUCGUCGCCAUUCCCGAGGGGCUGCCCCUCGCCGUCACCCUCACGCUGGCCUACUCAAUGCGGCAGAUGAUGAACGACAAGGCGCUGGUGCGCAACAUGGCGGCGUGUGAGACCAUGGGCUCUGCCACUGCCAUCUGCAGCGACAAGACCGGCACUCUCACUCUCAACCAGAUGACGGUGGUGCGGGAGUGGCAAGGAGGGGAGCUGCACAAGCCUGACGCCAUCAACAACUUCGACCCCUCCUCGCCUCUCCUUCAGGUUAUUCUGGAGGGCGUGGCGCAGAACAGCACAGGAACGGUCUUCAUUCCUGAGAACGGGGGCGAAGCGCAGGUAUCGGCAAGCCCUACAGAGACGGUCAUCAUCCAGUGGGCGCUCGCUCUGGGCAUGGACUACAACGGGCUGCGCCACUCGUCAGACAUCAUCUCAGUAGAAGCGUUCAACUCCACCAAGAAGCGUGCAGGCGUGGCGGUGAAGCGCGCUGGUGGCGACGUGGUGGUGCACUGGAAGGGCGCGGCAGAGAUGGUGCUGGCGAACUGCACCCACUGGAUGGACGCACAGGGCAAUGCUGUCGCCUUCACUCACGACAAGCUGGAGGCAGUGCAAGCAUCCAUAGCCGCCAUGGCAGCAUCGUCCCUGCGCUGCAUCGCCCUCGCAUCAGCCCCCGUGCCCUCCACAUCUGUCCCAGACGACACCGAGUCCUGGCAGUUCCCAGACACCGACCUCUCUCUCCUCGCCAUCGUGGGCAUCAAGGACCCGUGCCGCCCGGGUGUGCCGGAGGCGGUGGCGAGGUGUCAGAAAGCCGGGGUGAAAGUGCGCAUGGUGACGGGGGACAAUGUGCUCACGGCACAGGCCAUUGCACGCGAGUGCGGGAUUUUGACUCCUGAUGGGAUUGUGAUUGAGGGGAAGGACUUCCGUGUGCUGCCGUUGGAUCGCAUGAUGGAGAUCAUCCCCACCAUUGACGUGAUGGCCCGGUCAUCCCCCACGGACAAGCAUCUGCUGGUGUCGCUGCUGCAGCGCAUGGGCGAGGUGGUGGCAGUCACUGGCGACGGCACCAACGACGCACCCGCGCUCUAUGAGGCGGACAUCGGGCUCUCCAUGGGCCUAUCCGGCACGGAGGUGGCCAAGGAGAGCUCGGACAUAGUCAUUCUGGACGACAACUUCGCGUCCAUCGUGCGCGUGGUGCGGUGGGGGCGCUCGGUGUUCGCGAGCAUUCAGAAGUACAUCCAGUUCCAGCUCACCGUCAACAUCUGCGCGCUCUCCCUCAACUUCAUCACUGCUCUCACUGAUGGCUCCGUGCCGCUCACCACCGUGCAGCUGCUGUGGGUGAAUCUGAUCAUGAACACGCUGGGAGCGCUGGCGCUCGCCACAGAGCCGCCCACCUCUGACCUCCUGGAGCAGCCCCCCGUUGGCAGAACUGCGCCGCUCAUCACCAACGUCAUGUGGCGCAACAUCUUCACCCAGGCGGCAUUCCAGCUGACAGUGCUACUGGUGUUCAACUAUGGGGGCAUCUCGCUGCUGGGCAUUGGAGGCGUGUCCAACCCCAAGCAGCUCAACAACACCAUCAUCUUCAACACCUUUGUUUUCUGCCAGCUGUUCAACGAGGUCAACGCGCGGCGGCCCAACAAGUUGAACGUGUUUGAGCGGCUGCACAGGAGCCCCAUCUUCAUCGCCGUGCUCUGCUUCUCCGUCACCUUCCAAGCGCUCGCCGUGGAGGUCUUCCAGUCCUUUGCCGGCACCACCUCCCUCUCCUGGAACCAGUGGCUCCUCUGCGUUGGCAUCGGCGCCAUCAGUCUCCCCUUGGCCUUUGUGGCCAAGUUCAUCCCGGUGUCAGAGGUGCCUCUCUUUGACUGCUUCAAGCGCCUGCGCACAAAGCGCAGGAAGUCCUCGCGCCACCUCAUCACCAUUCAGGAGCUGCAGGCCUCCGCCAUCAGUGGUGCUGCUGCUGCCACUGGCUCCCGUGCUGCUGCCUCGUCCACCCCUGCUGCCGCUGAGGAGAAGGAUGGGGGAAACGCUGAAACUGUUUCAGUAGGAGAGACUGGUGUUGCAUCUUCAGUGGACGAAGCUGUUUCUGCACCAUCUGUAGCAGCAGCAGCAGCACCAGGAGAUGGAACAGGGGGGGCUGCUGUGCCCGCAACAGUGUCCUCCUGA